AUGGACACGGAUUUUCUAAACGAUGACAUAGAAAAUUGGCCAGGCCACCCAGCGUUCCUGAUAUCAAAGAAGAUAACCUGUCUAAAUGUUGUCAAUGACAGUGCUGAGUGCAGUGUAAAGUUAAGUGCUGAUUUCAUAGAAGCAGCCAAGUCAAAAGAGCAUUACCAGAACAUCUUCCAAAUUGUUGAGAGCCACAGGAAAAAAACUCCUAAUCUAAGAAAGAGAAAGCAAUCAUUAACGAAAUUACUCAGUUUCAACCAGCCCGGCAAGGCAUUCAUUCCAAGAUGCACUCGCAACAAUCUUUUCAGAUUUAAAAUAUGGCGACCUAAAUCUAAACGAACACAUCAUCGAUCUCAAACGUCAAAAAUUUAUAGCAAAUUAAUUUGGUAUCACAUCAACAAGCAUCAGAUUUAUUUCAAUGCUCUUUCUCCUCAGACAUCUGUUAAUGCUGAAUUGUUGGAGAUCAUUGACGAGUUUAGUCUUCUACAACACGUUUGUUCGCCUACACAUAGUAAAGUCAAAGUCUAUACAACAUCUUUUUCUGAUCACAACCUCAUCACCACUUCAGUCUACGCUCCUCGACUCAACAUAACAUACAACAAGCAGUUAUUGGUUUCAUCAGGUGAUGCUGAUUUGGAUAAUGUUACUGCCUCCGCCUGUAACCGCUUCGGGUUUUUUGAUGAUGUCACACUUGAUGAGAUCAAAAGCAUCAUCAAAUCUUUAUGCAAUAAAAUAUCACCAUUGGAUCAUUUUCCACAUCAAGUGUUAACAAAUUGCAUCAAUACCCAAUCUACAUUCAUUUCCAUCUUAACGAAUUUCUCAUUUCAUAGCCAUUUUCUGACAGCUUUAAAACUGCACAGACCAAUAUCAAAUUUAUCUACCAUUUUCAAAAUUAUUGAACGGGCAGCACUAAAAAGGUUACAGCUAUACAUCUCUCAACAUCCUAAUUUCGCACUUUUCCAGUCAGCUUAUCGUAAAGGUCACUCCACCGAGACGGCUCUGUUGCACAUGCUUGACCAUGUGUUCAACUCCUGUAACAGUAAACAAGAAUUAGAACUUCUUCUUGUUGGGGUCGGGCAACUUGGGAUAUGUUCCUUGCCGUUCAAUCGUACAACCUCGACGUGUGUGACCGAUGGUGGUGUUGAUACAACUCCGAGAGAUAAAUGA